AUGUCUGUGACCGGGAACUUCUUCUGUAAACUGAGGUCUUUGGCGAUCACAUUGGAGAAGGAGACGGCUCAUCUUGACAAAGCAUUCAAUCAAGAAGACGAUGACUAUGAGGAUGAAUCCCCUAUCAGAGUGCUGCAUGAUCUGCGCUCAGAAAUCAUAGGACUUAAGACUGAUAUCCAAGGCACUAUUGACAAAAACAGCAAAAAAGGCGAAGAACUGACUGCGUUUAUAAAGCUUUGCAGAGUGCUGCAGGCAAGAAGCUCUACAGAUAUCCAUGAGGUUAAAGAUAUUUUUCAGAAGUACGGAUAUAAACCCCCUGACACAUCAGAAAAUGAGGUAUUUGAUGAAAAUCCUAAACCUGAUGGUGCUGAUGACAGCAAACAUAACAGGGAUCCAGCAGACCUUCCUCUUGCUCCUCCAGCCAUGCAGAAGCGAGAACUGUUGGAUCUACGAGCUCCUCAGUUGUCAGACUUUGGCCUGUCUCAUUACCAGCUGCCCACAGUGUGGGAACCACAGAAUGACAAGUUGCACGUUAAAGUACCAGAAGAAAAACCCAAGCCCUUUUAUAAAGAUAUCCGUACACUAAAUGUGGCUCGGACCCCUAAAUGUUCCCUGACAAAAGAGGAAGACUUUUCACAUAUACAGCACUUUGGAAUCAGUGACUACAGCAACAAUCUGAAUGAUGACUAUACCAUUGCACUUCUUAACAAGAAAAAAGGAAGUGUUGCUGAAAAUUGUACUAAGGAGACCUCGCAAAACCUGAAAAGUAUGCUAGCUACACCAGCUCAGCUGAAAUACAGACAUGAUUUCUACUCUGCGGACUCUCCCUUACCCCCAGUGUUCUGCACCCCUGGACUAAAGGUUCACAAGAAAGAGGAGACUUGUGACUUGAACCAGCCUAAAAGUAUUAGAAGUGGGUCUGACAAUUCUUCUGAAGAAUGCAGCUCUUCAAAAGCACUGGGGAGAGAGUGCAUAACAACAGAUUUUGUGUUGUCAAAUAUAGAUAAUGUGAACUCUCCUCAACCCCCAACGUUCUGUACACCUGGUCUGAAGGUCCAGCACAAAGAAAAAAGCCGUGAGGUUGAGAAACCUGUAGAGAAUAAAGAGACGAAUGUCGCCAAGACUCUGGACACUCCACCAGUCCCAAGCUUUGAUACAAGAUGGCUGAAGUCUGACCCAUUAGCAAGGACACUGGACAUCACAGAGCCAAUCUCGAGACCAGAGAUGUACCAUACUGCAUACUUGGAGCAGGCUGCACCACUGGGCUUAAACUCUGAUAGAUAUGAACACCCAGCCAGGAUGACAUCGCCACCCAAGAUGAGAGACUUCACUAUAGGAACACCUCCACGACCAGAGAUGACUACAUGUUUAACUGAAGAUGUGCUCAAGUACAGUAUAAAGCCAGCCUCUCCUCCCAAGGUCUCCGGGUACGAGAACCUGCUGUGGACACCCACUCGACCUGAGAUGACGUCCUGUAUAGCUGAGGACAUAUCACAGUUAUUAUCUCAAUAUUGUGAAACUAAAACAAAACCAUCAUGGCAAGAUCCACAAGGCAUGAAUACUAGGAAUAGACAUACAGAGAAUAAAGAGAACAGGCCAUGAAUGCAGAUCUCCUGUAGUG